AGGUAUAUAGAGGUUUUUUUUUUUUGAAAAUAUUCGAGCAUAUAGAAAGUUGGUAAGAUAAAAGAGAGUAACGGCGCGAUUCCAAUGAAUAUAUGCGCUAGUGUUUCUCAGUCAGUGAAAUCAGCGUAGAAGGAAAGAGAGAGAGAAAGAGGUAAAGAGAAAAGGGGAGUUCCCCUUCUACGAAGUCCUAUCCCCACUACUCGACACACCGAGGUUGCCACUGCUAUUCUUUGCGGGGCCAUGGUUGCGCGAGUGUGCGUGCGUCUGUUGAACUACGUGCGACCAGCCCAGUGCUGUUAGUAAUGUAAGCUUUUCGUUCUCGUAUACGUGUCGAAAUAAAGAAAGAAAGAGAGAGAGAGAGAGAGAGAGAGUAAGAGAGAAAGACAGAGAGAGAGAGAGAGAGAGAACGAGAGAGCGAGAAAGAGCGCGCAUUAGAGCUCUAGUAAUCGCGUAAAGUAUUCCUUCGUUAAUUUGGUUAACCAUCAUGCCGUUAAGUAUCGGAGUUAAUUUAAGAGUGACCGGCCACUGUAAUCAAGGCGGUCGUAAGUACAUGGAGGACAUGUUCAGUGUAGCCUAUCAACAGACACCGGACGACAAGGAUUUGGAAUACGCCUUCUUUGGCAUUUUUGACGGCCAUGGGGGCGGUGAGGCAGCGGCAUUUGCUAAGGAACAUCUUAUGGAUAUUAUCGUUAAGCAAAAAAAUUUUUGGAGUGAUCGAGACGAGGAUGUUCUUAGAGCAAUCAGAGACGGAUACGUGAAUACACAUUAUGCGAUGUGGCGGGAGCUUGAUAAAUGGCCAAGAACAGCAUCCGGAUUACCAUCUACUGCUGGCACUACAGCAAGUAUAGCUUUUAUAAGAAAAGGAAAAAUUUACAUUGGGCACGUAGGUGAUUCUGGAAUAAUAUUGGGAUAUCAACCAGAUGGAGAUCCGCAGUGGCGUGCUAAAGCAUUGACUAAAGAUCAUAAGCCUGAAAGUGGUCCAGAAAUGAUCCGCAUACAGGAGUCUGGCGGAAAAGUUGUUAGCAAAUCAGGUGUUCCAAGAGUCGUUUGGAAUAGACCACGAAUAGGACAUAAAGGUCCUGUUAGAAGAUCAACUCAUAUAGAUGAAAUACCAUUUCUAGCUGUGGCCAGAUCUUUAGGUGAUCUUUGGAGUUACAAUUCAGAACUAGAUACAUUUAUAGUGUCUCCAGAACCAGAUGUUAAGGUUGUUACAGUUGAUGUUAGGUCAUACCGAUGUCUUAUUUUUGGAACAGACGGUUUAUGGAAUAUGUUGACUUCCCAAGCAGCCGUAGCUAUUGUUCAGGCUGCUGAAAUGCACAAUGAAAAACAUAUUAUAGCUUCUCAACAGACUGGCAAUGGGCAGGCUGAUGUGCAAAUGUGGAUAAAUCCAUCUAAAAGUUUGGUAGAUAGAGCAUUGGAAAGGUGGUCAUCAACAAGAUUACGGGCUGAUAAUACAAGCGUUGUAACUGUUAUGUUAGAUCCUCCAGGACCUUCUCGUAGCGAGGUAUUGUUGAGUCAAAAGAAAGAACUCUCAUCAAAAAGUAUAAUACAUCAUCAUCAAGGAGUUCAACCUCUCGAUCCAACUAUUUUUAACGAAAAUAUUGAAAAGCCUAUAUCAGAUACUGCCGCCUCAUCUGUGUUAAGUCACGCGACACCAAAUGAUGAUUCAGAUAUAAGUGGUUUAAAGCAACCAGAUUCUUCUGAUGAAAUUAAUGAAAAUUUAGAUAAAUCUACAAAAUUUGAGAGUAAUUCAUAUGUCGAGAAAUUAAUUUUAAACGUAGAUACCUGUGAUGUCGAUAAAAUUUUAUCGACAAGAGAAACUGAGAAUAAAAUAUCUAAUAUGGAAGGUAUUAUUCAAGUAGCUGAAAUCUCAUCUUCAGAUAUAUCUGAGGAAAUAGAAUAUAUGGAAUCGAAGGAAUCCAAAACUUCUAAUAAGACUGAAAAUUUAAACAAAUUGGAUAGCGAUGAAAAAAUAAUACAAAUUGAAACAAUUAAUAAAGAAAAAAGGGUAGAAGAUGAUGAAGAUGAUGAUGAUAAUAAUGAUGAUGAUGAUGAUGAUGACGAUAAUAAUAAGGAUGAUGGUGAUAGCGGUGGUGGUGGCGGUGAUGGUGAUGGUGACAAUGAUGAAGAAGAUGAAAAUGAACAUGAAGAACAAGAAAUAAUUAGAAAUAUUAGUGUAAGUGUUGUUGAGGACCGGACGACAAAUUUUCAGUUAAGUCAUAAUAUUGAAUCGAAGAGUAAAGAAAACGAUGAAUCAAAAGUUUCCAAAACGAUUCGAGAGAAUGUAGCAUUUAACGAAACUUAUGAAGUACCACCAUUAGUUAUUAAUAAAUUCGAACGUCCUAGCGCAAUUAUACCUAGUAGAAAAAACACAUUAAAAGACGUUGAAUUGUUAAAUGUAUUGAGUGGUAGUCCACGAUUAUCAAAGAAACAACAUACAUUAAUGUCAUCUAAUUCAAUAGAUGAAAUGAGACUAUCAAGAAGACGACAUAGUUUGAAUUUACAAUCUCAGAAUAAUUUUUCUGAUACUCUUCUUUUAGAACCUAAAUCGUUUAUGACAGUUAAUUCGAAAUUUAAAUCGAAAAGUACAAGGACGUUAGAAAAUAAUGAAGAAACUAGUAGGAGUUCUACAAUGUAUAGUAGAACAACAAAUAAUAACAGUAUAAUUAGUACGAAACGUAGACAUAGUACGAUAUCGUCUCAAUCGGUAACAACGGUUGUCUCAGAAUUAGAAGAAUCAUUGCAAGAACCAUGUUUGAAAAGAAGAACGCGUUCAGAGGAUAGGCGAGGUCCUCCCAUUGAUGAAAAUAAUCCAGCUAAUCAAACCAUGGAGGAUCCAAAUAGUCGUUUGAGUUGGCCUAUUACUGAUUCUUCUAUAAAUGGUAGAUCAUCAGGUGGAGGAGGAAGUUCUAGUACUGUUUCAGUACAAGAAAGACGAUUAUCUUCGCCAAAUACUUUCCAAAGAAGAAGCUUGGGGAAAAAAGCAACACCGACUAAAAGUAUUAGGCGAUCUUCUAUAAAUGGUUCUGCUCGUUUACAACAAUUAAGAGGUAUAUUUGGAUUCAGAGAUUGGGAUCAAGGAAGAAAUAAUAGAUCUAACGGUUGCAAUGACAGGAGGUUAAAUCGUACUACAGGUAUUAUUGGACCAUUGGAUUCUGGAAUACCACAACGUUGGCUUAGAUCAGACACAAUGGCUGCAACACCGGUUAAAACAUUGCGUUCACGUAACGUCGAUAUUACUGGUCACACUAUUUCUGCACAAUUAGUUCAUCAUUAUGGAGUAGUUAAGCAGAAUCGUUUAUCUUUACCCACCAAAUUAAAGCACUCCAAUAACAAUGGAGUAUUACAAUCUAAGAGGGUAAGGUCUGCUUCUAUGUCAUCUAAUAAAUUUAAACAAACAGGUACUAGUGGUACAAAUGUAGGAACAUGUUCUACAAUGAACAGUACAAGUACAGGACCAAAUAAUGGUUCUGGUUUAGCUAAAUGGGUUAAAUCUCUAUGUAAUCCUAGUGCAAGAUCAUUGAGUACACGAUCUCGCAUCAAGCGCCUUGGAAAAUGAAAUUGUAUAAUAUAUAACUUUCCCUAUGCUUUUCUUCACUUAUUCAAUUAUUAUUAUUUUUUUUUUGUAUUUUCUUUACCUAACUAAGUUUUUUCAUCCCUCUUCUCACCACUCAGAUUAUUUUUACAAUACAAACAAAUGAGUACCAAUUCAAAUAUAGCAUUUUAUAUUAAUACUAUAACCGUUAUAUGACAUGGAUUAUAGAUACACCAAGGACUUUGUUCGUACGUUUUUUUUUACUGUAUUUUUGUUUUACGAAAUUGCACUUUAUAAGAUUCGAAUAUUAGUUACUAUAAUGAUGUAAUCAUACUUAAGUAAAUACACAAACAACAAAUCUAUAUAAACGUAAUAAUAACAUUAAAUAGAUGCAACGUUUAUAUGCAUCAUAAUAAUUGCUGAAACAACUAUACAUUUUUUUCUUUUUCAUUCAAAUUUCAGAAAUAGCAAGAUUUUUAUUUUUAUUAUAAUAAAAGCGGUUUUUUUUCUUUUUACACGAUUCACAUAUGUUUAAUUAUUAAUAAAUUCAAUAACAAGUAGAAAAGUGCAUGAUGACUAGGAUAAAAUACAUUUGGAAAUUACAUUCUGUAUAAGAAGCAGGAUGCAUAAUUAUUAAUAGAAUGUUUUUUAUGUUAUUUUACAAAAAAAAAAUAGAUACUAUUUCAAUUAUUUUUUGUUUUCCGAUUGAAGUUCAUCUGUUUGUUUCUUAUUCAUAUCCAAUAACGAUUAGUUCUUUCAGCAAUACAAAUAUAUUAGAAUGUUAAUUAAAAAGUUUUACAUACUUUUUAUCCAGUUAAUAUGUUCUUUAUUUGCAUAAAAUAGAUUAUUAACAGGAAACUUGUAUGAUAAUCAAAUCUGCAAAAGUGAAAUCAUUAGAUAAAUUAUAAUGACCGUAUGAACAAGUUAUGGCUUUUGCAAAAUAUCGUUAUUUAUACAAAAUUAUUAGUUAAUAUAAAUACAAUUUUGAUGUGAAAUGAAAAAUUUAAUAAUAUUUAAUUAUUACUUUAUCAGAGUAAAGAUAAAGAAAAAUGAAAAAAAAAAUGUUUGCAAAAGCAUUUAAAUUUGAAGAACACGAAGAAAGGUUUAGAAACGUUUUACGAGAGAAGUGAUACAAAAUUUAGAGAAAAGAUAAUUUGUUAAUUGACAUGUGCCUAUAACAGUUACCAUUUUAACAUACGUGUACAGUACAUUCACAUACCAUGCACUUAUGUAUAUAAAAAUAAAAGUAAAAAAGUUAUAUGUAUAUAUAUAUAUAUAUAUACAUAUAUAUAUUAAAACAAAAGGAUUUAAAUCCUUGCAUCGCUAUCAUGUUUUGUUUUCUUUUAUUUUUAAUGAAUAAUAAUUUUUCCCAAAAAGGUUAUAAGAACCAGUAUAAAAGUGUAUGAUUCUAAGUUUUAUAAAAAAAGGUUGUUUUCUAGUAUGUGUAUGUGGUGACUGUUGCAUAAC